UUGUGCCGGUUUUUCCCUUUUGUUUCUCAACACCUUUUUUGCAGAUGCGUCUUAAGAUUCCCAAGCACAUCAAUUCAGAUUCGUGUGGAACAACCGAGACGUGUACUUUCCCGUCGUACCUCUGUUGAGCGCUCACGUCGAACUCGAAAAGCCGAAUUCCCAAUCGAUUCUGCUACUUGUGACUCACAAGCAAACAGUCCGAAACGUGCUAGGCGACCUUCAACUCCGGUGGAUUUGGAUCGCUACGAGUGUGAACUGUUUCACAAGGGCUCGGCAGAUCUUUGCUCAACCACGUUAGUAAAAAGUGGAACACGGCGAAAACAGGCCCUUAUUCCGACCAAUUGUUGUGGCUUGCGGUCAGCUCUAAGUGGCGAUGAUCCACCAAAUGCGGAUACAGUAACACCAGCAUCAACCAUGUCUGAACUUGAUAUCAGUUUUCUGCGAAAUUCGUGUGGUGACAAUGAGUGUCGUGCAUUUAAAUUCCAAUUGAAAAGUCAGGCUUUUGUAGAAUUCCGUUUUUUUGAUGUCAUAUUGUGUAGUCUGACGUUUGUGUGUGUUAUGAUGUAUUUAUUCUUCUAG